AUGUUGGCCCCACCUGUUAUGGCUAUUGGUGGUGGCUUCUUGAUGGCCCGCCAAGAAUUUGGUCCCGGUCCCGGUCCCGGUCCCGCCUACGACUACCCUCGCUUCUUGUGUGCCGAUCCUCGUUAUAACCACCCCGGUUCUCAUGGUUGCUUGAGCCUCUGCUUCUCCGAUGCUUGUCUUCAUGGCCAAUUCUGUAUCGAUCUUCCUCACGGCUACUUGAGUCUCUAUCUCUUCGGUGUCGGUCAUCGCGGUGACUCCUGUAUCGGUUCUCGUGGCUUCCUCGAUCUUCAGGACUUCUUGAGACCCGAGACUCCCUCCGAUGGUCAUUCUGUCCAUCUUUGUCCCCGCGGUGUGAACGAAACGUGGACUGUGCGUGGGUGGUCGCCUGGGGGUUAA